UCAAACCACUUGGCCUCUUGUUCUUCAAAAAUUUAAACUCAGUGUUUUUUUUUGUUUUUUUUUCCAACCUUAAAAUGAAGGUUCAGAUCAAUGAAAACAGGGUCUAUUCCAGUCUCGGUGUUGCCGCGACACCGUUCAUAAUGACACACUUCAUUACGUCAGUUCUAAAUAACUGCAAAUUUGACAUAUUUUCCUGAAUAUAAACAACAAUAUCAGAUCAGUUUCCGUCCUCUCUCUCUGAAAAGCCCAGAUCUGGAAAGCAAAGUGUUGUGUUAGGUAUAGGUUAUCCUUGUUAUACACCUUAUAUCUUUUUAAAAAUGUGGUCAGUAUAUUCCUCUCCGGGUCUCAAUAGUAUCCCCACAUAAUUACUUUUAAGAGUAGUAAAAAUUGUUUCCAUACUAUUUUUUGGUUGCAUGCAAUUUAUAAUUGGUGAUGUUGAUGACAUUUUUAUGUAGGCAAAUCUUUUUUUAAAAUAAUUCAUCGACAGAGUUUAUGAGCAGGUGCAGAACAUAAGUACCUUUGUUUUUAGAAGAACUGGUACCACACCAUUGCCACGUUUAUCAUCGCUCUGCUGAUUCUUUAAACGUUCUAUUUUGCUCAAACAUCACUGUAGUCGUGACUUUCUCUUUGAGAGCUGCCAACAGGAAGUAAGCCGGUAGAACAAACACGCCUCCGUGCCACAACACUCAUGACAAAAACCAGCACCCAUCCCAAGUGAACCUUCUUUGAAAGCCACUCCUACUCACUGUGUCCUUUUCCUGAACAAGGGCUCUCCGAAGCAGUGGAUCUUGAUGCACCUUCUGGAUGAAUCUCAACAAAUCUUCUGAGAAGCAUUUUUCACAUUAUUGUGCCAGGCAUGAAGUGGAUUUAUAACUGUUAAAAAAAUACACUGAAUACAAAUCAGAUAGGUAAGUCACCAUUUAUGUCUUUGCAAGGGAAAUUGUGGCUUUCUUUGACUGUUUGGAAUAACUUCCAGUUCUAUUGGCUCAAAUGCUUUUUCUUUUUUUUUUUUGUUCUUUUUUUUGUCUUGCACAAAGGACAAUGAGGCUAUCUUUAAGUAGCACUGCUUUAAAUUGAAUUUCAUAAACAUCACAUAUUCUUUCCACAUUUUUUUUUUCUGUUAAAGUGAUUUGAAUUCAAUUCCAUUCAUCAUAGUUGGUGGUGAGAAAUUUGCUGGUUAAUGCGUUUUACUAAAAUCAGUGAAUAAAAACAUGUUGUAAAAUGUUUUUUUUACUCACCUGCCUGUUGAUCAAUGUAGAACAUGAACUCUGAUGUAUUUGACUUUGGCCACAUUAAGCUACUUUUUGCCAGUGUGAACGUCCACAAGUGCAUAUUGAGAAAUUAAACUUUAAUCGAAUUUGUUCUAUGCAGGCAAAUGUAUUAAUUAGCAUUUUGCAAGAUUGUUGGCUCUGUUUUGUGUGAGAGUGGGUAUAUGUAACUGGAUUUUAUUGGCUAAGCAAAAACUGAACGAUGUUGUCCCCUAGGUGUGGUUUCACCCACCAGUCAACAGAUACUGUCACCUUCCAUGAGGGUUUCUUUGCUGGAAGAGUACGUGGAUUUGACCCAGAUAUGAGGUGUGCUGGAAUAUUUGGCUGUCUUGUGUUGCUAACUGUUGGCUUCACAUCCUUAUAUUUCAGAUUUUUACCAAGCCUCACGAUUAUGGAUUUCCUGCCGUCGGACUAUAAACACAAACUGAGACCGAAGAUCAAUUUAGAUGACACACUUAACUUCGGGGCCAGACCGUUGGUUCAAACCCAGACGUAUUGGAAAGCUCCUGUCAUCUGGGAGGGGAUGUUUGACCCCAAUCUCUACGACCAAAAGCACAUCGAAGGCCGGUCAUCCGUGGCCCUCACCGUGUUCGCUGUGGGCAGGUACCUGGAUGCCUACCUCAACACUUUCCUUACCUCUGCAGAGCAACAUUUUAUGUUGGGGUUACCAGUGACAUACUACGUGUUCACAGAUCUACCGGAUAAGGUACCAAAAAUCCAGCUCGCUCCUCGGCGAAGCCUGAAGGUCAUCCCGGUGUUAAAACAGUCCAACUGGCAGGACAUCUCUAUGAUGCGCAUGAAAUCGAUAUCAGAGACCAUCGAAUCAGAGAUCCGUGACCACUCCGACCAUGUCUUCUGCUUUGAUGUGGACCAGGAGUUCAAGGGGAGAUUUGGCUCGGAAGCUCUGGGGGAUUCUGUGGCUUUGGUGCACGCUCACUUUUACAAACUUCCACGGGAGAGGUUCACCUAUGACAGAAACCCCAAAUCCAAAGCUUUCAUGGAAACCGGCGACUUCUACUACCACGCUGCAAUCUUUGGAGGCCUGUGGGAAAAUGUGAAGAAUUUGACAGACACCUGCUAUCUGAACAUCAUGGAGGACAAAAUAAACGGCGUGGAGGCUCUGUGGCAUGACGAGAGUCAUCUAAAUAAGUACUUCUGGACUUACAAACCAAGCAGGCUUCUCUCCCCAGAGUACUGCUGGGACCAGACUAUUGGUGAUGCCAGAGACAUUAAUGUCACUCGCCUAAUAUGGGCACCAAAGGAUUACAAGACACUUCGCACGAAAUAGAGUGGCUAGUAGAGACACAAAUAUUGUUUACUGUAAGCAUUCUUCUUCUGGUUAAUCCAUAACUCAGGUAAAUCUACUGUAAAUGGUUGCGUUUGUGCCUUUCUUCAGGUAUCGUUUAGAGAAGGGGAGUCAAAACUGUUUCCUUUAUACCCCUUUUCAAUCAAAGGGAACCAAGUGCUGGUUCUGGCCUGGUGCAAGUGCUUGUUCAAAUUUGCACGACGGCAAACGUAGAGUUACAUCAUUUGGUCUUUGUAUACCUCUUUAAUGUUCCAGCAUUGCCAGGAACACCAACACCAGUGGUUCUUUGUUCUGGACCAGCAAAGUUUUUCUGACUUGUUCUCCAUGAUGUCUCAGAGCCAGUUCUUUGGCUGUUCAAAAUGCAAAAAAAGAAUGCUUUUAGAGUAGGCACUGGCUUCAAACCAGCACCUGAACCACCUUGGUCGAAAAAGGGGUAUUAGAGGACCAAGAUUGAUGAUUAACAGUUGACUAUGAGCCAAAAACAACUACCUAUUGUAUUGUAUCGAUAAAGCAACAUUAUAUGUAUUACUUUUUUUAAUUUUUCUACCUAAACAUAUCAGCUUUAAAAUCAUUUUCAUGGUGGGGCGCCGCAUAGCUCAGUCGGUAGC